GUGCCCAGAGGGAAAAAUCAGAGAGGAUGCUUCAACAGCUGCUUCUCAUCUCCCUGCUGGGUUUUACAACAGCAGGACUGCUCUGCCCUCAGAUGUUUCCCUCUCAGCAGCCUCCUUCUACAGCGGACAAAGUUAAACCAUCAGAUGUUGCUGCUCUUUCUUACAUUGGACUUCAUGAACACUGCCCAGAACUGUCCACUGUUUUAUCAAAAUUCAGAGAGCUCCUGUCCGUCUUCAGUCCUGGACUCCUCAGCCCCCUCCCAGACAGAAACAUUAAUGUUCCUCAUUUUCAUGGCCCACUGAUGGAGCAAGCAAACCAAGUGUCUCUUUACCUAAAAAAUCAGGAUGUUGAUGUGACUGGAUGGAAGUUGGUGCUUGUCUUUGUUCAGAUGGAUCAGUUCUGUCCCUGUGAGCAGCAGCAGCAGGUCCUGCUUCUCAUUAGAGGCGUGGUCAAAGAGGUUGAUGAUGCUUUGAAGGUGUUGCACUCUCAGCUGAAACACACCGUUGUCAGUGUUGCAUUGUGGGAUGGAGAACAGGAUGCGUUUCCUAGAAAGACGUGUCCAUGUGUCAGCACAAGCAGUGAGGGAGAACUCCGGCUUCAGAGGGCCACAUUUACUCAACUUUUGCAGGAGUCUUUGGGUGAUCUGAUGGUCCAGAAACAUUGGUACAACGACAGAGAUGAUUUCACUGUCACGCUGCAGGACGCUCCAUUUAUCAGAGACCCCUCAUUUGUUGUUACUGGAAAGCCUUUGUCUGAGUCCAGAAUAUCAGAGCACACAGAUGAAUUGAUGAUCCAGCUGUGGAUGAACCUGAUGCAGCCCCCGGUCAAACAACAGAAAACAGAGAAACAUAUUUUCACUCUGCUGUGCCCAGAUGAGGAUCGUCCGUUCCUGAGAACAGAGAGAAACUCUCCCCGGUCUCCCGGCGGCGAGGCCUCUCCUCUGGAUCAGGCGAUCACAGGCACAGAGAUGCCAUGUGAGGACCUCGGCCCGUCCGCCUCCACACCCACGUCAGUCCAUGAACUCAGACCUGGAGAUAUAAAGGUUGUGGCUGCUGUAGGGGAUUCUUUGACUGCAGGAAAUGGCAUUGCUUCCAGUCCGAACAACAUCCUGGACGUUUUGCAACAGUACAGAGGUUUAUCCUGGAGUGUUGGUGGAGAUAAAAACCUCACAAGUGUCACCACUCUGCCCAACAUUCUGAAACAUUUUAACCACAACCUGACGGGAUAUUCAGUGGGAACGGGCAAUCAGGACUCUCCUCAAGCUUUCCUCAACCAGGCCGUGGCAGGUGCAAAGAGCAGGGACGUACCCUCACAGGUGCAAACACUCGUAACAAGGAUGAAAAAUGACCCUAGAAUCAACUUCGAAUCAGACUGGAAGCUGAUCACAGUUUUUAUUGGUGGAAAUGAUGUGUGUGACCACUGCUCUAACUCUCUUCUUUACUCUGUACAAAAUUAUGCCCAAAAUGUCCGUAAAAGCCUGGAUUACCUUCAUAAGCAGGUCCCUCGGGCUCUGGUGAACGUUGUAGAGGUUCUUCACAUAACUCCGUUAAGAGAAAUGCACUCUGAUGAGUCAUUAAAAUGCCCAACUUGGCUGGUAAACAUCUUGUGUCCUUGUGUUGUUUUGCCAAAGUCCAACUCUGAUGCGCUUCAAGGUUUGGAGAACAUCAACAGGGGCUAUCAGGAUGUGCUGCAUGAGAUUGUAGAGUCGGGUCGGUACGAUACCCGGCCAGACUUCACCGUGGUGAUUCAACCUUUCUUCAGGGAGAUCGUUGUUCCCCGACUGCCGGAUGGCCGUCCUGAUCGCUCCUUCUUCAGUGCUGACUGUUUCCACCUCAGUCAGAAAGCUCAGACGCUGAUGGCUCGCUCCCUUUGGAACAACAUGCUGGAACCUCUGGGCCAAAAACACUUCAAACUGGAGUUUAAUGUAACAACCAAACUGAAAUGUCCAACAAAAGAUUCACCUUUUAUUCGGACCUAUAAUAACAGUAAUUACAUAUAUUCCGGUCCUUCUCCAACAACUGCACCUGUCACUAACUGGGGAAGUGACUUCUCCUGUAAGAACUUUGCUCCAUCUGACCCUCAGCCAAGUUCAGUUCAUAAGCUGAGACCAUCAGACAUUCAGGUGGUGGCUGCAUUGGGAGACUCUAUAACAGCAGGAACCGGGGCCAAAUCAAAGAACCUGCUUGAGCUUAAAAUAGACUAUAAAGGCGUAUCAUGGAGCAUUGGAGCUGAUAAAACUCUGGAGACUGUCACAACAUUGCCAAACAUCUUGAAGAAGUUUAACCCCUCGCUGAAGGGCUUCUCCCAGGGUCAGGGCCCAUUAAGAAAAGGCUUCAACAUGGCUGCUGCUGGAGCAAAAACCUCAGAACUUCCUGCUCAGGUCCGAAAUCUCAUCAAGACCAUGAAAGAAAAUAAGGAAGUGGAUUUUGAAAAGGACUGGAAACUUGUGACAAUAUUAAUUGGGGCAAAUGAUCUUUGCCAUUUCUGUUUAGACCAGAAUAAUUUAUCACCCAAGAACUAUAGUGAGAAUCUUAUGCUCAGCCUGGACAUGCUUUACAAAGAGGUACCAAGACUGUUGGUAAAUGUUGUGGAUAUUAUGCAGAUCGAUGUGCUGAAAACUGUUAGGAAGAACACACUGAGCUGUUCGCUGCUGCAGAGGACCAGUUGUCCGUGUGUUAUCAGCCCAGCAGAAAACUCUCCAGAGUUUGAAGAGAUCAAACAAAUAAAUCACAAGUAUCAGGCUGAGAUGGAGUUUCUGGUUUCUGGAGGUCGUUACGAUGGAAAAGAAGACUUUGCUGUUGUGCUGCAACCCUUUCUGCACAAUUCUUUCAUCCCUCGUGUUGGAGUGGGUGAAGUCGACACAAGUUUCUUUUCCAUCGACUGUUUCCACAUGAGUGAGCGAGCUCAUGCAGAGAUGGCCAUCGCCCUCUGGAACAACAUGUUGGAGCCUGUUGGCAGGAAACAGGCGUACAACAACUUCACAUAUGACCGCUCCAAGAUCCACUGUCCAUCUGAGGCCAGUCCCUUCAUCUUCACUAAGACCAACAGCCUGCCAGCUCCACCUGUAACCACCACAGCGCCAACAGACACCACCAGUGAUUUGCCCAGGUGUGCCUCCACCCUGCCUGUGUGGGUGCCAGUGGUUGUGGGAAUUGUGAGUUUUUUGGCUGGUGUUAUCGUCUCCUGGCUCAUUCUGUCCUGCGUACAACGGCGAAACAACAGAAAGGAGGCAGGCAGAGCAGAAAUGAAAAGAACUGGGUUUUAAACGUAGCAUUAUGGCUUGAUGGCUCACUAAAAUACUCCACAUUGGGAUUAUUAGGUUUUUUUUCUUGGUGUUUGACUUUUGGCUUCAUAAUCAGAUAAUUUGAAAUCGUCUGAUGAGCAUGAGGCUAUACACAACUCCAUACUGCUACUGUUGUUACCCUCACUUUUUAGUUUGGAAAUCUGCUUAGAAAUGCUUAUGCUGAUUAAUUUUGUGCACUGUACAGAGUAUGUGAGAUAUCUGUGUAAUUAAAAAAAUACAAUUGU